AUGGAAUUUUUUUAUAGAUUUGAUUUAUUUUCUUCUCAAUUUUACUUUAACAUCAGUGGAUCAUAAUCUAGAAAAGCAACUGUUUUAGGUACAUUUUUAUCAUUGAGUAUAAUAGCAUUUAUAUCAUACUACUUUGCUUAUCUUUUAGAAUAAUACUUUAACAACCAAAUAUAACCUAGCUAUACAGCUUAAAAUUAUAGUAAUAAUCAAUCCAUAGAUUUAGAGCUAACUACUGAUUUAAUAGCAUUCAGAUUUGAAUCAAACUAUAAUUUAGGAAUCGAUGUUCUAUAAGCAAAAUAAAAUACGACAUAUAUAGUAUAUUAUGCAUAUUAUGUUUAAAUGAAUUAAGAUAAUUUUGAUUUGAUACAGCUUGAUAUUAUUAAUUGCCUUAAUCCUAAUUUGGAUGGAUUUUAAUGUCUUGAUAUCUCAAAAAUACCCGAUAAAGUAUUGACAUCUAAUAACAAAGAUAGAAUUUUAUCUUAGAUCCAAAUAUUUUCAUAUGGUUGUCUAGAUAUUGAUUAACAAAAAACAAUUGUUCCUGAUAAUUGUGCUACUUAGUAGUAAAUAGAUGAUGUUAUAAAUGCUUACAAUGCUGGUGUUAAAGUUCUAAUUAAAACUUCUUAGUUUAAUGUAAAAUCCAAACAAAUUGAGGAAGGCUACAGAAGUACUUUUAUUUACACUUUAUCAGACCAGAAUAUUUUAACAACUUUGAAAAUUCAAAAUUAAUAAACAAGUGUGAAAUAAGGGUUUUUCAUUUAAGAGGAAACUAAGUUUGCUUCUCCUUUAUCUUAUGAUUUAGAAAAUUAAAGUCUCAGCAGAUAAUCAUCUAUUUAACUUACAAAUAUAUCUGCUUGCAGCUAAGUCAAUAUUUUAGCUGAUUAAAUGUAUCAAUAAAUUUAUAUAUAAUACCCAACUCUUCCUUCAGUUUUAUCAUGGGUAAAUAGCAUUUUUUAAUUGUUACUAUUUUCUGGCAUUUUAAUAAGAACAUUGUCUUAGAGUUCUAUAAAAAAAGAUUUAUUAGUUUUACUUCUCUAAAAUGUCUAUUAAUAAACAUAUUUAAAAAUACUAAAAGCAAAUAAAAUUUUAUUUAAAAAUGAUAAUUAAUAAUCAACAAGUCAAAUACAGAAUUAAUAAGACGACAAAGAGUAAGAAAUUGCAGAAGAAAAUGAUUUUUAACAAGAUAAAUCUAGUAAUUUGAUGCCAUAAAUUAAUUUUAAGAUUAAAUAAAAAUUAGAUUCUAAAAUUUAAAUUUAGAAAAAACAGAUUUGUAAAUUAGACACCUAAGAGUAGAGCAAAUAAGAAGAUGAUCAAAGCAAUAUAUUUAUCUCAUAAAAAUAUCAAUCUGAUGGUAAUUAGUAACCUUUUGAUUAAAGCAAGCUCAUUUAAGAAAAUAAGAAGUUGAGAUCUAAAUUUCAUAAUAUGUAACAAUUAUAACCAGAUAAAAACUAAGACAUUUUCCCUAGUCAAAUACUUGAUUAGCCUUUUAAAAAUUCUAUUUUAUCAUAGAAUGAUUAGGCCACUUAGAAAUCUAUAAUAAAUAGCUUUGAUAAGAGUCCUUAAUAACAAAGUAAAAAGAGAUAAAAAAGUAAUUUAAAAAAUUUUGAAGACCAAAUCAAUACAUAGUCUAAUGUAAACAAUAUCUAAAUAAAUAAAUACCUUUAACAUUUCAGAACAAUUAAAAAUAUGAUCUUUUAAAAGUAAGUGAAUACAAUUAUAUCAAAAACGGUCAAUUUUAGGUGUUGCAAAAGAAAAAAAGAAGAACAAGCCUAAGAGUCAAACUUUGUUUAAAACUAAGAAAACACUAUAUAAAAAUAAAUAAAUAAAGAUUUAAAUAUUUUAGAAUUGUACAAGGAUAUCAUAUAAUUAAAGAAAGCUGUUAUGAUUUUGUUAAAUAAAGACUAAUUUGCAGCUUUGGGACUUAUUGGGUGUUCUUCAAGCUUUUUAAGCUUAAAAUUAAACUAACUCUAAAAAAAUUAUGAUGAUUAUCAAUUAGAAAGUCACUAUGAAUAGUUGAAUGCAAUAUCGAUUUCAAAUUAGUUAUAAGAGAAAUAUAUAUAAUAAUUUUUUUAGAGAUGUUUAAUUAAUUAAAAUUUGAAUGAAAUUGAUUAAAGAAUAUUAUCAUCAAUUAAUAAUUUGAUUGAUUGA